CUGACUCGUUUUCCAACUAAAACCUUACACCACUAAACCAAACCCCCUUGCCUUUUUAGUAACCAAACUGUUCUACGUUUCAAUGGUCUUGUUUUCCAAAUUUCCUUAAAAGGGUCUUCAAAGAUUUUCAUGAAUUUCAACACCCAUUUCCCAGUUUUAAUCCAUUCCUCCAUUUGAGCACUUCUUUUCCUCAGGAAUGGUUCCAGAGGGACAAUCUUUUGUAACUUCAUCACCCUUACAGUUCAUCCCUUGGAUGUCAUUUUCACCUGGUUUAGGAUCCCCAUUUCCAUGGCUGAGGGAGCUCAAAUCAGAAGAAAGGGGUUUAUAUUUGAUCCAUCUUCUCGUCUCGUGUGCGAACCACGUCGCUGCCGGUAGUCUCGAGAAUGCGAAUAUCGGGUUAGAACAAAUAUCCCAUCUUGCCUCGACUGAUGGAGAUACGAUGCAGAGAAUUGCUGCUUACUUCAAUGAAGCACUUGCUUAUAGGAUGCUUAAAGCAUGGCCGGGUCUUUACAAAGCGUUGAAUUCGACUAAAAUCUCAUUAGUAUCGGAGGAAAUUCAUGUUCAGAAACUGUUCUUUGAGUUAUGUCCUUUUUUGAAGCUUGCUUAUGUUAUCACAAACCAAGCUAUUGUAGAAGCUAUGGAAGGGGAGAAAAUGGUGCAUAUUAUUGAUUUUAAUUGCUUUGAGCCUGCACAAUGGAUUAAUCUUUUUCAAACUUUUAAUGCUAGACCAGAAGGGCCACCUCAUUUGAGAAUUACAGGUGUGCAUGAACAAAAAGAAGUGUUAGAUCAUAUGGCACGUCGAUUGACCGAAGAAGCCCAAAAAUGGGACAUUCCGUUUCAGUUUAAUCCGGUUGUUUGUAAGUUAGAGAAUCUUGAUCUCGAAAGUUUGCGUGUUAAGACCGGUGAAGCUCUUGCGGUUAGUUCCGUCCUUCAGCUUCAUUCACUCUUGGUUACGGAUGAUGAGAUGCAUAAAUGGAAAGUUAACUCUCCAUCCAUGUCUAAGACCGAUUGGUCACACCGAGUCUUGCAGAUGAACCAACGUACUUUAGGUGAAUGGCUUAAGAAAGAGCCGGUCCAUGCAUAUAGCCCCAGUUCAGACUUGGCAUCACCAUCACCGUUGUCCCCGCUUUCUCUAGCACCAGCACCGAAAAUGGGGAGCUUUCUAACCGCUCUUCGUGCGUUGUCACCAAAACUUAUAGUCAUAACCGAGCAGGAAUCCAACAAUAGUGGCUCUACUUUAAUGGAGAGGGUAAUGGAAGCAUUGAAUUUCUAUGCUGCCCUCUUCGAUUGCUUAGAGUCUACGGUAUCAAGAACACCGUUAGAACGAAAAAAGGUCGAGAAGAUGCUUUUCGGAGAGGAAAUCAAGAAUAUUAUAGCUUGUGAAGGUGUCGAGAGAAAGGAGAGACACGAGAAGCUCGAGAAAUGGAUUCUGAGACUUGAGUUGGCCGGUUUCGGUAGAGUACCUUUAAGCUACCAUGGCAUGCUGCAGGCAGGUCGAUUGUUGCAGACCAAUAAUUAUGAUGGUUAUAAAAUCAAAGAAGAGAAUGGAUGUUUGGUUAUUUGUUGGCAAGAAAGACCUCUAUAUUCAAUUUCAGCAUGGAGGUUUUGGCCUUAUGAUUAAUAUUUUUAGCUUUUUACCCAUUUUUGUGUGUGCGCGCGCUUGUUUCUGUAAACAAUUUCAUGUUUUUUCUUUCUCUGUAAUCUCAUAGUCUUCUUAUGAAAAGUUCCACUAAAGUUCAAGCAUAUAUAA